AUGGCAUGCAAAGGCGCAUCAUGGCUCCCUUCACGGGACAUCCCCUCCCUCCAAGGCAAAGUCAUCCUCAUCACAGGCGGCAGCAACGGCCUUGGACGCCGAUCCGCCCUAGACCUCGCAAAGCACAACCACUCCGAGAUCUGGAUCGCGGACCGGAGCGCGCCCAACGCCCAAGCCGUUAUCAACGCAAUCGAGAGCACCUACCCCGCGGUCUCUGUCAAGUUUCCGAAACUUGACCUCACUUCCUUCGACUCUAUACGCAACGCCGCCACCACGUUCCUCGCUGCGGCGUCUCGUCUCGAUAUCCUUAUCCUCAACGCUGGCGUCAUGAACGUGCCUGCUGGGAGUGUAACGCAGGAGAGACAUGAGAUGCAUUUUGGGACCAAUCAUGUCGGCCAUGCCUUGCUCGUCAAACUUCUGGUUCCAAUCUUGCGGACGACAGCCACCGAGAGCAAUGUUGGCGGCGGAAAAGCCGACGUCCGCGUCGUCUUCGUCAGCUCCGUGGCUCACAAGUACCCUCCCUCAGGCGGCCUGCAAUUCGACAGUUUCUGCCCAAACGGCCAAACCAAACCCCUCUCGGCGAAUGCUCUCUACGGACAAAGCAAACUCGCCAACUUGCUGUACGCACGCGAGAUGGCCAAGAGGUACCCCCAGUGGACGACCGUUUCCAUCCACCCGGGCACAGUCAAGACCGACUUGCAAAAGUCUACGGAAGGUAGCCUGCUCAUCAGGGCAUUUCGGAAAGUGGUGGUUCCACUCAUCGGAGUCGACGUGGAGGAGGGCGCGAGGAGCCAGCUGUGGGCUGCUACUGCUGAUGGGGUUGAGAAUGGCGAGUACUAUGAGCCUGUUGGCGUUGCUGGGAAUGGCAGUGCUCUCGCGAAAGACAAUAAUCUCGCUCUUAAGCUGUGGGAUUGGACGCAGAGGGAGAUUGAGAAGGUGUAUAUCUGGCACUGA